CAUUGGUUUCAAAAUUCGAGUGAAGAAUAGUGCACUUUCAUCGGUUUUUCUGUUCAAUGUCGCAUUAGUUUUUGCAAAAAACUAGAAAAAGUGCUAAUAGUAUUUGACAUGUACUUUGGCAAAAACAAGGUCUCAUUCUAAAAUGUUUUUUUACCAAAAUGAUCAGCGCAAAAAGCUCUAGAAACUCUGAAAGUUUCAUUGGAUUUGGACGUGGUCACUGGAUCGACUGGCGAUUUCCCAUGGAUACAUCCAUAUCCCAAGAUUGUUUACAACUCAUCUCAAAAGCAGAGGAAAUCUUUUAGUAUAAACUGGAUUGCCGUCGAUCAAUAAGAAAAAAUAACAGUAAAAAUGUAAUUACUAGACAUAGAUGUCAACGAAAAUCGUAUUCUUUUUUCAAAUCAUUGAGGUUGUUUAAAACUUACACUACUGUAGUUUAAUGAAUAAUUUACAUAAGUUAGAAUCACAUAGAAUUUAUUUAUCAAUCGUGAUAGAACGUAAUCAGAAUUUUUUAGUUGAAAAUACCAUAUUCCUUCCUAAUAUUCUUAUUCAUUAACACAAGAUUAAAACUUUUUGUGCCUCUUGUUCAGAAAAUCAUCAUAAAAUGUAGAGUUUGGAAAAUUCUAACUAAUAUAAGGGCUACUGGCAUUUCAAUCAAUAUGAUUACAAAAGUUUUUUAUAGACAAUAAAAAACAUCUAAAAAUAUAGCUGCCACUACCGCAUUGCGAUGCUGAAGAUGCUAAUCGUCUUUUAACGUUAAUAUCAACAAUAGUAAUCAAAACCAAAGCUAGAGCUUCUGGUGAAACUCAUAUUGCUUGUGCACCAAUUGCCAUUGGUACUACCACUAAAACUGUUAAAACUUCAUCAGCUUCACAAUCAUCGAGUUCAGCGACAACACCACAAUAG